GCCGGUUACCGAGCAAGUAGUUGUGGGCGGGCUUUGUAGCCAGUCAGCCGGUAGUUUUGAGUGUGUCGAAAGUCAAGGCGACGGUCCGAUAGCCCUGCCAUAUACCUACACAUUCACACAUCGAAUAUUUCUCCACAAGAAAUUCCGUGCACCUGAUUGUGAGAGUCUCGGCCCUGGCCCUUUCGUCUCGUCUCCGUCUUGCCCACCGACGUCACAUUGACAUACAGAGUGUGCCCAUCGAGCAUUAUUUUGGCAUUCCCGCUAUUGCGCGACUCGUCGUUUUCGCCUUUUUAAAGCGAGAUACUUCACCUCACACAUCAAUAUGGGCGAUCAGAAGACUAUACCGAAUGGAGUAAAAUUCCUAAUCGGUGGUGUCUCUGGAAUGGGUGCCACGUGUUUUGUGCAGCCGCUAGACCUGAUAAAAAAUCGUAUGCAGCUAAGCGGCACAAAAGUUUCCACGAUGUCAGUUGUGACUGGAAUUAUAAAGAACGAAGGUUUUUUCUCAUUCUAUGCAGGCCUGUCCGCCGGUUUAAUGAGACAGGCCACUUAUACUACUACCAGGCUUGGUAUAUACACAUGGCUUUUUGAACUAGCCUCAAAAGAUGGCCAACCAAAUUUUGUAACAAAAGCUGCGUUGGGUAUGGCUGCUGGGUGCGUAGGUGCCUUUGUUGGAACACCUGCUGAAGUAGCUUUAAUCAGGAUGACUGCUGAUGGAAGGUUACCAUUAGCCGAAAGACGUAACUACAAAAACGUCUUCCAUGCUCUGUUUCGGAUAAUCAGAGACGAAGGUAUUUUGACUCUAUGGCGUGGAGCUAUUCCAACAAUGGGGCGAGCUAUGGUUGUAAAUGCAGCUCAACUGGCAUCAUAUUCACAAGCCAAACAGGCUUUACUAGACACUGGCUACUUUCAAGAAAAUAUUACGCUUCAUUUUGCUAGUUCAAUGAUUUCUGGACUCGUUACCACAGCCGCAUCGAUGCCUGUCGACAUAGCGAAAACCAGAAUUCAAAACAUGAAGAUUGUGGAUGGCAAGCCGGAAUUCAAAGGUGCGCUAGAUGUCCUUGGUAAAGUUGUACGAAAUGAAGGCCCUUUGGCACUUUGGAAAGGCUUCUUUCCUUACUACGCUCGGCUAGGACCACACACGGUUCUAACGUUUAUUUUCCUAGAACAAAUGACUGCUGCCUACAAAUCUAGAUUAUCGUAAUUUAGUGUUUAAUAGCUGAGUAUGUGUGCAUCGUACGUACUCAGAAAUUAGAAACUCCGGUUCCUCUUCACGUGUUAUUAUUGAUCACACUGAACGAGUAGAACAUUGAAAUUCGUAUGUUUUUAAAUAUCAUGUCUCAUUCUUUGCUGAUUGUUUCAUGUCAUUACAUCCAUAUGACAUUUGUAAUUACCUUUUUCAAAGUGAUCAUUUGAUGUACAACCAAAACGGAAACAAAACAGUCUCGAUUUUCGAUUUCCAUUCUAAUUUCUUGCAAUAUCAUCUCGUAUUCUCUGUAUAUAUAUACAGAUUGCACUUCCUAUGCACAAAAAUAGAAUUUUUUAAUAUACAGUUACGCAAUGAUUUUAUAAUCAGUGUCAAAUAUAUUUAUCAAUUGACAACAUAGAUGUGAAUGGUGGGAGGUAAAGGUUGAACACUCGUCUUAUAUCCACUAUUUUCCAAACCCGUUGCAAUUAUAUUCCGUGAACGCAUAUUGAAUUUAUAUACUGUACACUGAUAUAAUGUUUGUUAUCCUAUAGCACACAUAUAUUUCAAGCAAAUACAUUCUGUAACCAUAAGCUACUGCCUAGGUGUUAGAAACGCCUAGAUGUAUACAUAUAUACCCGUGAUAAUGUUACCCACUCAGAAUUUAUAUCGCGUAAAACGCGAUGAUAUAAUUUUUGUAUAUGAUUAUUUUUUUAGUUCAUCGUUAUAUUAUGUGAUGUUAAAUAUUUCAAUGUUGUAAGAAAAGUCGGGAGACGUGUGGCUUCCAUUUGUUGUACAUAUACAGAUAUAUUAUAUGCGUGCAUACACAUGAUGUUCAUAUAUGUUGGAGGAUGUUAAAGAUAUAAUAAAUAUUUCAUUUAGAAAA